AUGAGCACCAUGUUUACCCGAGCUAGUUUCACGCGUGGGAUUCGCUUGUACUCAAGCCAAAACAAUGAAGGGGCUCUGUUUUUGUCGGAUUUGAUGAAAAGAAUCGACACCAUCAACGCCAGAACCAUGAAGUUGAAGGACGUCAAACAGAACAAGCCAAAGGCUUCAAAGCACACACAAAAGGCUGAAAAGUCUCAGAAGCAGGCCCUGAGCUCAGAAAAGAAGACAAAGAAUAACCAAAAAACUCAAGCGCCUCGCAAGACCCAAGGUGUGUUUGAAGGUCAAAGUGCCAAAAUUUCUGUGAAAGACCAUCCGUUGAGCAGAAACACAUUCAAGUUGAUGGACGAGUCCAACUUCAGAAAGAACGCUGCUUCUAGAAACCCAGAAUCUAGAAACUCCAAACCCAAGCAGACAUCCGAGGCUCCAAGAAGAAGACCUCAAGCCAGAAGACGUCCAGCCUCCAAACCUUCUGCUGGUGCUUUGUCUCCUUCUUCCUCUUCUAAUAUUGUCAGUAAGGAACUAGUUGCAAGCCCAUUAAAGCCAUCCAUUUCCGGAGAUGCAUUCUUCUAUGGAAAGCCAACAACUUUGACUACGUGUACUACUUCAAGAGUCGCUGCUGUGGCUAAGGAAACAUUGCUUGAGUCCAAAUAUCCAUAUAAAUUGCCUAAAUCCAUCAUUGACAAGUUGGAUGAUUCUUUCACGGGUAACAGAUUCCUUUUGCAAAAGGACUACACUUUAGAUGUGGACGUGGCCACUUUCGGAGACAAAAUCAAGAAAACAGUCAAGGGUGAAGUUGAAAACAUUAGCAUGGGCGAGAAGCCAACCACCUCUUCCGUCUUUACGGCAACUCAGUUGAUGAGGAACGGCGACUUGGAUAUAGCCCAGAAGCAGACAAUUUUCGAUGUUGCUUCAGGCUUGAAGUCAGCAAAACUGUUGGUGGAAAAUGCUGCGUGGAAUAAGUGA